GCCUCCUAGUCAGCGGGCUGCCAUGGACAGGGCCACCUCGUCUCUUUUCCGGGUAUCGUUCUUUGAAUCUGCAGAGAAUUUAAGUUACAAAGAAAGCAUUAUUAAUCAGAAGAGAUUUCAGAACAAGGCAGCAACUUUGGAACGCUCUAGCAGUAAUCUGUCCUCCUGGCCUGCAUACACACCAAGCCACACCGUCCUGUUCCAACGGAAACCUUGCGCUCGCCCUGAAUGGAAAAGCAGAAGGAGAUGUGACCUAGGCCUUCCCUCUUCAAAGCCACGCUACCUUGAAAUGUUGGAAUCCCACCUCCGGAUAGAGCUGCAAUCUCUGGAUCUUACGAGAGGGAGAGUUCAGGAACUUAGACUACAGCCUUAUAGAGAAGUAUUUGAGUUCUUCAUGGAAGAAUUUAGAACCUACAAGCCCUUGUUGGCGUCCAUCAAGAAAGAAUAUGAAACAACUAUAGCACAUCUGAAGGAGAAAAUCUACUCUUUGGAGUCGGUGAAUGCCUUGUUGGUCACGGCCUCUGACCAAUGCACUCAGAAGAUCCUGGCCUACCAGGAGCAAGAGAAAGUUGAAAUAGUGCGACUGAAGGAGGAGAGAAUCCACCUGCUAAAGCUCAUCGACCAAAUGAAGGAAGAUACAUGCUCUCUGGAGAUCCAGGUGAAUAAACUACGGAAGACGGUUGCGGAGGAGAACCUCCGUUACCUGAACGAGCGUGAUGCCCGCAAACUGUUGCUGCUGGAUCUCAACGAAAUGUACCGACUGAGGGAGGAAAUGAAGUUCACCAAAGUCCAAGAUGAGAAGGGAGAAGAUCCAAUAACAUUAACGCUCGCUUUAAAGACAGCACGGCGAGACCUUACCAAAGCCCAAAUAGAGCUGAACACCAUGAAAGCCAACUAUGGGGACGUGGUGCCCAGAAGAGACUUUGAAUCUCAAGAACAAAAAUAUAACGAGUUGAUAGAACAGAUGACAGUUCUUCAGGCAGACUUUAAAGAUCUCCAAGAAGAAUACAACACAAUGCUGGAGGUUCACAGGCAGAUAGCAGAGGAGCGAGACCAGUUCUAUAAUGAACUUAUCAACGUCCAACGCAAUUCCACUCCUCGUCCAGAGUGGGAUAAAUGUGCAGAGGUGAUUGCUGGUGGCUCUGAGCGCUGGAAUGCUCUGUCCGAAGGCAAGACUAGUGACCAGCUGGUGGAUGUGCUUCUGGAAGACCUUGGCGCAAUGAUGCUGAGAGAGAGGGAGACCUUCGUACCACUGGGAAAAAGUGACAAAAUCCCUAUAUUCCUGAGGUACGACGGUCAGGUUCGAAACAAGAAGUUGAGCAAGAAGGAGGUUGUGUCCCUCCUAAGGGAAAUCUGGAGAGAAAAGAUUGUACUAGACCAACAGAAAGGAAAGCGAUCCAACCUGCCGGAGUUCUUCCUCAACUACUUCCAGAGGAGGUACGGUGACACGCUUGCUUUUGACUGGACGUAUACUACCUACGAAGCCAUGAAGCUCUAUCGGUCCAACGAUGCCAUGUCCUUAUUUUUUAACAUACUGACUGGAAACCUUGAUGAAGGGGUAUACCACAGCCAACUCCAGCAACUCAACACUCUGUUAAAGGAACUGACUGAUGCGGACACGGCAAAUACAGGCCAGUUGACCAGCGAACAAUUCAUCUUUGCUGUAAAGGCAGCUUUUCCCUUAAAGUCUGAAGAACAGAUCCAGGAGUUAGUAGAGGCAGCAGGAUACAGGCCAGAAACUCCAGAGGAGUUCAUUCUCUACAGGCUCUUAUUCUUGGAGGAUGAGGAGGGGAGGCCAGAACCCCUGGUUUUGAAGAUAAAAGAUCAGUAUCUCAAUGAGAGACAGGCCUAUCUGCGAGACCUGCGUGCUGAACUGGGAAACAUGGAAGUGAGGCCAGAUGACCUGAGGGCAGCUUUCUAUAUAGCUGAUCCUGGUUUGAUUGAACAAAUCGUGGAGUCAUACCUCGUCCAAGUUUUCCAAACUUCCAGAGAGCAACUGGAUUCUGCUUUCUCACUGCCUGUAGAUAUGGUGAUGCAGAGGCUUGCGACCUUAGACCUCAGACGGCAAGGAUACCUUUCAGAAGCAAGGAGUGUGCUGCCCACGGCAGAAGAAACAGAGUCUAUCAACUGACCUGUGUCCUCCUUUACUUCCCUCCCUCUGCUUACCUGAACAGUAAAUUUUAUGGGACAUUGAUCUAAAAUACUGCCUUGAAAAGCCCCUCGGAUGAUAAUUUGCCCCAAAGCUGUAACAUUUCUUUGUUGGUGCUGCAGGCCGUAGCAAUAAUCCCAGAUCAUCAACCCCUCCUAGUAGAACAUCAGAUGACUCUACAAAACCAGGGUCUACUAUAAGGUUCUCCAUCAUCUAUGUGUUUGGUUUUUUUUGUAACCAUGAGCAUCUCAUUCAGACCAUAUUGUUUCCCCAAAGCAACACAUUAAUCUAACCAACCUCAGGUUAUACGAGUUAUAUUUUAGGAGAGGUUGAGUUUCAUUCUGACACAGGCUAGAAGUUCAUACUGGCACACAUACAACCCACUACAACUAUGGACUUCCUAAGAGAUCACAUUAAGAAACCCUUACCAAGAACCAGUCACUUAAAUUAGAUGUUGAAAGAAACUUUUGCAACAGACAGAUUUAGAAGACUCAUUCGCGUCCCCUGUUGGGAAGUCCGCAAAUGUAAAUAAAACUGUUCCAUUUCUUUC